AUGACUACAACAAUGCUGUACACGACGGGCAUUUCAAUGGAGGAGCCAAGCCAUCGGUUUUCGCCCACGACAGUAGCUCCUGGGAAGCCCAGGCAUCGACCAAAAGCCUUGCAGAUCCAGCCAUUGAACCCCAGCGAAUUGAGCGCGAAAUUGAACGAUAUUUCAGUCGAGCAAGAAGGCCAGCCUUGUCGUCCAGUCCACACAGAGGACUCACUCCGGACCCCAUUAUCUGCAACAAGUAUGGGUGCUCUGUCUCCACGGACUAUUCAGCCAAAACAUGCGUCGCUAUCGAUUCCCACCCCCGUUUCAUCGAGAGUCUUCAGGAAAGAGAAGACUGAUGAUAAAACUAAUUCACCUUUGUCCGCAAAGCCGCCACGUCGUGGCAGCUUUUUUGACGCGUUCCGCUUCAGAGGCUCGAACUACACUGAUGAAUCGCAGAAGCAGACAGAGGAGGAUGUUCAGAAGCCUGCUCGUUACAAGCAUGUUCCUCAGGUGGCAGCGCAACAGUUUGCUCGCACCACAACAGUCGAGCCCCUCACUCAGAAAGCUUCACCCAAAGGAAUGAGACCUGCUCCCGGCCCCCACCCCAUGAGUAAUGGCACCAUAUCACUGCAAGAAUACAAUAGGCAGUAUAGAAGAGCACAGAGUCUCUGCAGCGGAAGGCCAACUAGCGCCAGCAACGUUGCGAGGAUGGGAGGCACUGAGCUGGAUAAAGUGUCAGCCCAACGCAAGAGACAAACUGCCCGUAAUUCCAUGCUUUGGAAUGCCAAUGGAUCUGAGUUAUCACGAAGAAUGAGCACGGGUAACAUGCAGCCUCAUCCUCAAGCCCGACGAGAAUCAAUAUGUACGGGUGUCGGAGGCUUUCAAGGGAACGUCACGUCAUCAGCGAGACGUGGAUCCGCAAGCUCGUCAGGCUUCUCCGAUGCAUCAUCCCCGUUUGUACGCGAGUCUGGCCCAGCAACCCCUUUUAAGCAAGAGUUUGGUAUCAACACUUCGCCAAACCGUCGAGGGUCUGAGACUAGUGCAGCCACUUCUUGUUCGAGGAGAGGUAGCUUUGUGAACAUCCCCAACCCUCAGCACGCGGCUGAGAUACACCGGGUGGACUGGUCUCAGAGUGACCAACCAGUCAAGGUUCGACAAGAUUCGAAGUGGGGAGGCCUCAAACAUCGAAAGGCUAGUUUGAGCCAGCAGAAGCCCAACGCCGAGGACCAAGGGUACAAUUUUACCAAGACGAGCUCACAGCCAUCUGUUUCUCCAAAGUCACCCAAAUCUGGGUUCUUGAGGCGAUUCAUGCAUUAG